UGGGGUGAAUGUUAGAGACAGCUGUCCACCAGCCAAGCAUAUAAGCAGCUUCACCCAUCCUUCGAUCAUGAAGAUAGGAUCCAAGACACUCACCAUUAGAUAGCCACCUGCAAACAGUUCUCAAGACUCCAGUUCCUCAAAGUUCAAUAUUUACAUACGCUUCAACUUCAUUCAAAAAUCUCAAUAUGUCUGCCAUUAAGAAGGUCGCUGUUGUCGGAGGUUCCGGGAACCUUGGCCCCAGCAUCGUCCGUGGCCUCCUCGACGCCGGGUUUGAAGUCACGGCAGUCUCAAGAAAGGAGUCCAGCGCAACAUUCCCCGCUGAAGCCAUCGUUAAAAAGAUUGACCUCUCCUCAGUCGAGGCCGUCACAGAAGUAUUCAAGGGCCAAGACGCCGUCGUGUCAGUUGUCGGAAAUGCCGGAUUCGGAAGCCAAAAGACCCUCGCUGAUGCUGCCGUCGCCGCUCAAGUCAAGAGAUUCAUCCCCUCAGAGUUUGGAAUCAACACCCGCAAGGCCCGCGGCUCCAAGAUUGGCGGCAUCUUAACCCCCAAGAUUGAGUUUGUUGAUUAUCUGAUCGAGCUCUCCGAGAAGAACAGCUCAUUCACAUGGACUGGUAUCUCUACUGGACCCUUCUUCGACUGGGACUUCAGCGGUGGCCUUCUGGGCUUCGAUGUUAAGAACAAGGCUAUCAGAAUCUUUGACUCUGGAAACGAGCCUGUCUCACCGUCAUCUCUGCCCUUCAUCGGAAAGUCCGUUGCUGGCGUGCUCAAGAACACCGAGGCGACCGCAAACAAGUACAUUGAUGUUGCUUCGUUUACUACCACCCAACGCGAGCUGCUGAAGGUCGUCGAAGAGUUGACUGGCUCCACUUUCACCGUCAGCAACGUCAAGACCGCCGAUCUGGAGAAGACUGCGGAUGAGAAGCUCUCCAAGGGGGACUACAGCGCUUUCAUCGACUUGCUACAGCAGUACAGCUUUGCUGAUGGCAACGAUAACGCCACAAAAGACAACGCUGCGGUGAAGUUGUUGGGUUUGCAGGAGGAGGAUAUCAAGGCCGAGACCAAAAAGGCUCUGGCCGCAUGGAAGUAAAACGUUUUGAGUUACGAAAUUACAGGAUAAUACAUUGGGGACAUUACCUUUUCACAUCUAAUAGUUUCUGUUAUAACUUAUGCCACCUGCGCCACUGUGAGAGUUGUAGCAUUGACUCUGCGUGGUAAGAAGGUCUUACUACAUGUAGGGGGGGAAUAUAAAGCGGCGAUAUGCUAGGCGCUGCGUCGCCAUAGGGUUCAAUUCUCAACAUCCGGUGGAAGAAGUCUGACGGUACUUGGGCACUAUAAAAACCUAGAAGAGCCUGAGACGCCGAGGAAAGUUCAACCGACGUAGAUGAACAAAGCCUGAGACCGCCAAC